UUGUCCAUCACCAUGCAAAAGAUGGCGGAAACUAACAAUAGAGUUCCUUACACCCAAUUACCGGCGGAGGACAAUAACACCUCCGGCAAUUCUCCGGCCAUAUGCCGGCUACGACCCAAAAGAGUGUCGUUUAUAGUAUUAACAGGGCUGGUGGCAGCUUUGUUAUUAUUUGUGGCAGUGAAAUAUGGCAAUAACGAGGCGGAGGAUGUAAAUCCAGGGCCAGUGCCACCACAAGAAACGGUGUGCAACAUGCUUGGUUCUAAUUCAAUGCCGUUGACCAGCAUGAGGACGGUGGCGCGUGGGGUGGCAGAAGGUGUCUCCGCCAAAUCACGCGGUCGUUUCUUGGGAUUACGGCCGUUUCCAUGGACCAAACAAAUGUUGGCUUGGCAAAGAACAUCCUUCCACUUUCAACCUAAGAAGAAUUGGAUGAAUGAUCCUAAUGGUCCAUUAUUCUACAAAGGAUGGUACCAUUUGUUCUAUCAAUACAAUCCAGAGGCUGCAGUAUGGGGAAAUAUUGUAUGGGGACAUGCAGUGUCAAGAGACUUAAUUCACUGGCAACACCUUCCGGUUGCUAUGGUUGCGGAUCAAUGGUACGACAUUAACGGUGUAUGGACCGGGUCCGCAACCAUUUUACCAGAUGGUAAACUCGUCAUGUUGUACACCGGAUCAACCAAUGAGUCAGUACAGGUUCAAAAUUUAGCGUACCCGGCUGACCCAUCGGAUCCUCUCCUAAGAAAAUGGGUCAAAUAUGAGGGCAACCCGGUUCUUGUACCACCACCCGGAAUUGCUGCUAAAGAUUUUCGUGACCCCACCACUGCAUGGACCACACCACAAGGCAAAUGGCGGAUUACUAUUGGUUCAAAGGUUAAUAAAACUGGAAUUUCAUUGGUCUAUGACACUAUUGAUUUUAAGAAGUUUGAAUUGUUGGAUGGGGUGCUCCAUGGUGUACCGGGUACGGGUAUGUGGGAAUGUGUGGAUUUUUACCCGGUUUCGAAAUUUUUUGAAAAUGGGCUUGACACAUCAGAUAAUGGGCCUGCAGUAAAACAUGUGUUAAAGUCCAGUCUUGAUGAUGAUCGAAAUGACUAUUAUGCACUUGGAACUUAUGAUGCUGUGGCUGGAAAAUGGAUUCCUGAUAAUCCCACCAUUGAUGUUGGUAUUGGAUUAAGAUAUGAUUAUGGAAAUUUUUAUGCAUCAAAAACAUUUUAUGACCAAGAGAAAAAGAGAAGAGUCCUUUGGGCUUGGAUUACUGAAAGUGAUAGUGAAGCUGCUGAUAUUUGCAAAGGUUGGGCAUCACUUCAGCCUAUUCCAAGGACUAUAAAAUAUGACAAGAAGACAGGAAGCAACAUAAUUACUUGGCCAGUGGCGGAGGUUGAGAAUUUGAGAUUAAACAGCAAGGAAUUCGAUAAGGUGGAGGUCAAACCAGGGUCCAUUGUUCCACUAGAAGUUGGCACUACCACUCAGUUGGACAUAAUGGCUGAGUUUGAAGUAGACCCUAAGGUCUUGGAAAGAUUAGAAGGAAGUAAUGCUACAUAUGAGUGCAGAAGCAGCGGUGGAUCUGCUGAACGUGGUGCCUUAGGACCAUUUGGUUUAUUGGUUUUAACAGAUAAGGGUUUGUCCGAGCAAACUCCAAUUUACUUCUACAUUACAAAAGACGUUGCUGGAAAUUUCACCACAUUCUUCUGCAAUGAUCUCACCAGGUCAUCUGAAGCAACAGAUGUUCGUAAACUAAUCUAUGGAAGCACAGUUCCAGUCCUCCAAGGAGAGAAGCUUUCUCUAAGAACACUGGUGGAUCAUUCAAUAGUAGAAAGCUUUGCACAAAAUGGAAGGACAGCAAUAACAUCAAGGGUAUAUCCAACCAAGGCAAUAUAUGAAGAUGCUAAGCUCUACUUAUUUAACAAUGCUACAGAUGUUACCAUUACUGCCUCACUCAAGAUUUGGCAAAUGAAUUCUGCAAAUAUACAAUCUAGUUAACUUCCAUCCCAUAUGUAGAUUGUAAAUUUUCAAAAUUGUUGAUUCUUCUUUUUUUGAUUUUCCACCACCAUUGUUUUGUGGCAUUCUUUUAUUUCUUUUCACUUCUUAUUGUAAUUUAAUUUCAUCUAUCCCAUUCUUCCUUUUCUUUUCGCCAUGUAUGUACUCUAGAGUUCCUAUUGGUGAAAUAGAAAAAGUUUCAUUUUGAAUCCAUAAA